UCAAUUUCCGAACUAGUUUUGAGAAAUGGAAUCAUUUCCGAAGUAUUUUUAAAAUGAUUUUUGAGAAAGAUAUUUUGGUUCGAGGAAGCAAACCAGGAUUGUGGUGCUCGGAUAAGCCAUGGAAACUCUUUCUAUGGUGACAUGCUUUACCGGCAAGCAGAUUACACCUCCUUCCAGAUUCCUUUCUCGUACAUUUACUUCAUUACCCCAUUUCCAGAAAUCAAAGCCAAUUCGCGCAGUAAGUGAAAUUGCUGAGGAGGAUGUUCUACAAGCAUUCUUUGAGGAACGGAAGCUAAAUUCGGAUUUUAUAUCAAAAACUUCUGAUAUGCUGUGGCAGAGGGCAGUCUUGAAAUUUGAAGAUGUCACUGACGACAGAUUUAUGGAUACUUCUCAAGGACUGGUUGAUGACAACGAUGAUGAUGGUGGGUUUUUGAAAUUGUCUGUUACUCAAAAAUGGAUCUCGGGUGGUAAUUCUGCACCAAUCAAUAAAAAAGCUGGUAAUAAGAUACUGUCAGAUGACCGUGAAAGAAAGAAGAAACUAAAUUUUCUCAAAUAUGAAGCGCUCAAGAGGGAACUAAUGCUUUUAUCUGUUGGCAUUGGAACUGCAUGCAGUGGGUAUUGCCUGAUAGUAUUUUCGUUCCAGGCUGCCAUUAGUUAUGCAGUAGGAGUCCUUUCGAGCUGCUUAUACCUCCAGCUAUUAUAUCAGCACGCUGACAAACUAUCCAAAGACAUGAUUCCUGAUAUUUUCACUCAGAAAAAGACAAAAAAGAUUGGAAUAAGAAGUGAAGAUAUCAAGAACGUGGUUGAGAAAUUAGUGAAGGGAAGUGGCGUUGCCCUUUCAUCUCCUAGGCUUAUGAUUCCUGCGGCAAUAUAUGCAUUAUGGAUUCUCUCCCAUAAGUUUCUUGCCAACGACUUCUUCGACUUCCAGCUUACGCCAGCUAUGCUUGGGAUGUUUGUCUAUAAAGCAGCUGCACUUGUUCAAGUUUAUAGGGAGAAUGAAAACUUGAGAUUGGUCUUUCCAGAAAAUGAUGGAGAUUCGACAUGACUGGACCGCUCAAAUUUUGAAGUAAAAAACUGAUCCACCCACAUUGAUGAAGCAACUGUUGGUUGUGUUAAGUAUUUGGGACUAAGUACUAUGCCAUUUCAUGUUUGUUUGGUUGAUUUUUUUCUUCUUCAAUUAACAACCCAUUUGAUCCUAUAAUACAUGGGUGCCAAAAAAACUCAUAGAAAAUUAAUUUCUAGGUAGGUGGUUACCAGGUAUUGAAUACACGACCCCUUAAUUACUGCAACUGUCUGUUUUUUUACUACUAGGCUAGCCGUUUUGUCAAAAGAAGAUAUGGCCUGCCAUGUUUAUGCCAUUACUGAACCUCAGUUAUUCUUGUAGUGGGUGGGUCAUUUUAAGUUUAAUCUAUAGGUCAGGGAUUGAUACGUUUUAUGAGUUACUAAUAUUUUUUUAGGGUCUGGAUACAUGGGGAAGGAGUUGCUUGGUAGCUCUUUUAAAUGUAUCACUCUUAAAUCUGUUUAUAGGAAACAAGAUAUUCUCAAUAAAAGCUAAAUGUAUUUUUUUUGUUGUAUGUUAA